CCACAACAAGGAGAAAGCAGCGGUGAAAGUGGGAGUGCGCUCUGCUCUGCUCUGUCUCUCUCUCUCAUCACUUCGCCUCCACAUGGCUCAGGUUUUAACUUUUACUCCAUCCACGACUGCAACAUAAGACAUGAUGCCGUGGGCUCAGCUUCACAGGGUUGACACUGUCUGAAGUUUUUAGUUUGCUUAGAAUAUUCGUGUUAUCCAAGUUCUUUGAAGGAAUAAGAGGAGUAACCGCCUGCGGGAUCAUCGACAGCAAGUUUAACCUCUGAUCUGAGCCGCCGGGGAAAAGUAAAACAGCCAUGCUCGGCGGUGAAGGAGAGAACAGCACAUUCUCCUCUACAAAGGAGGCAGCGCAGGAGACGCGCAAGUCUCCAGCAGCUGUGGAUGUGGAUGACCUGGCAUCCCGCAGCAGGUACUCGGAGCACGGGCUGCAGACUGCUGACCGCUACUACAUCCCUCCAACAGUUUCCAAGCAGAGUUCGGACACAGCGAGCCCCUGCUCUUUUAUCUCUUAUACCUCCAGCGGCACGGUUUACGCGCCGUCCAGCGCAGGCAGGUAUCCAUCAUCUCUCCACCUGGGCUCCGUGUUGCCUCCCGCGGGGUUUUCUCCACCCACAGCCGGACGUGGUCACUUCAGCUCGGCGUACCAGCUCGGCCAGAACCCCGGCUGCAUCUACCCUCCAUACACCGGCUCUGGUUCUGCUCUCGGCAACAUGACUCUGCCCAGCGGCGGCCCCGGGCUGAGGCCCCAGGUCUACCUCUGCAACCGACCGCUGUGGCUCAAGUUCCACCGGCACCAGACCGAGAUGAUCAUCACCAAACAGGGCAGACGGAUGUUCCCAUUUCUCAGUUUUAACAUAGCUGGUCUGAGUCUGACUGCGCACUACAACGUGUUUGUUGAGGUGGUCCUGGCGGAUCCGAACCACUGGAGAUUUCAGGGUGGCAAGUGGGUGACAUGUGGGAAAGCUGACAACAGCAGCCAAGGGAACAAAGUGUACAUCCACCCAGAGUCUCCAAACACAGGGGCUCACUGGAUGAGACAAGAAAUUUCCUUCAGUAAACUGAAACUCACCAACAACAAAGGGACCAGUCACAAUACUUCACAGAUGAUUGUCCUGCAGUCACUGCAUAAGUACCAGCCCAGACUGCACAUCGUGGAGGUGACGGAGGAAGGAGUGGAGGACAUUAACAGUGACAUUAAAACUGAGAGCUUCACUUUCCCAGAGACCCAGUUCAUUGCAGUCACUGCUUACCAGAACACUGAUAUCACACAGUUGAAAAUCGAUCACAAUCCUUUUGCCAAAGGAUUCAGAGAUAACUAUGACUCGAUGUACACAGCUUCAGAGAAUGAUCGCCUCACACCAUCUCCAAAUGACUCACCACGUGCCCACCAGAUUGUCCCCGGUGCACGUUACACCAUGCAGCCCCUCUUCCAGGAACAAUUUGUUAACAACCUGCCACAGAAUCGGUACUACAACAGCGAAAGAGCAGUACCACAGACCAACAGCCUCCUCUCACCUCAGUCUGAAGACGGCGCUUCACAGAGGUGGUUUGUCACCUCCAUGCAGCAAGGGGGAAACAGCACGAAUACCAACAAUAAGCUAGAUCUGACACCUUAUGAGACCGAAUACUCAAGCUCUCUGCUUCCUUACAGUAUCAAAUCCCUGUCCAUGCAUACGUCUCACGCUCUCAGCUACUAUCCAGACUCUCCUUUCAGCACCAUGUCUGCAGGGUGGGGGUCAAGAGCACCAUACCAGAGAAAGGUCACUGCGAGUUUGCCCUGGUCUCCCAGACCCAGUCCCACUGCUGGUUUCCCAGAAGACUCAGACAAAGUUAAACCACAGAUUGAGGAGGAGUUGAACGGCAGCGGAGGCCUGAUCUCCACCUGGACAGAGACACAGUCAGCGGCUCUUUCAUUUGAAAAGGCUGAUUCUUAUGCUCUGGCCUGCAAACGAAGGCGCUUGUCUCUUAACGGCUCAAGCACAGCAGACUCACCUGCUGAUAUAAAGUGUGAGGACUUGGUCUCAGUUGCCACCAACAGUAGCCCCUACAGCAAGGAAAACCCCCCAUCCAAAGCCAUGGCAGCUUAUUAUUCCUUUUACACAGCCACUUAAAUGUUUGGUCUCAUGUUCUCAUGUUGAUGGUUCAUCAUCUGCCAUCAUGAAUAAGAAAUAUUGUUACUUUUUUUUUUAUAUAUAUGUGUGCGCCCAUCAUUUGUUUUGGUUUUGUUUCUUGUCUGCGGUGACACACGAAGUAUCAAGGAGAAAUGAUGACAUCAUAAGACACAACAAUUACUGCCACCUUAAGAGGUUGGCAUAUUAACUGUGUAUUUACAAUUUUAAAGGUGCCAAAGCAGUGGUUUAAUUA